GUGACUUCAGCAAUCAUGGCUCCUGUAGGACCUGUUGUUGUGCAGAACCCCAUCAGCAAGAUGAAGCGCCCUCCGCCACCGGGCAUUCAGACCAACGGAGUCGUCGCCACGACCCCCUCGCCGUCUCCCUCAGCUUCGGCCAAGAAACCUCCGCCAAGCGCGAAGCAACCCACACCCAAUCCGGGGGUGGAGCGCAACAUCACCACCUCGACUGUGCGACCGGUAAAUCGGGUUCGCCGCGACACGAUAACACAACUCGGCCGAAAUUCAAGGAAUAGCACAGGCUUGCGGUCUUCUUCAGUGGUGGCCGAUCCGCAAGGUUUGGAUGGGGGGCCCCGGCCGUAUGUUGUUACCGAUAGCUACGUUCUCAAGAGAAAUGCUGGUAAACGACCAUCAUUAGUGGUGCAUCUGCAUCCCAACCAUUUCCGAUUCGACGGACAGGAUAGCAUCUUCUCCUACGUAUCCCCAAUGCGGAUGUUUCUACAACACCUCAAGACGAGAACAAUCCCCCAUGAUAUCCUGGAAUACUUAGUCCAGGCUAACGUUCCAUUCUACGAUGGUUGUCUAAUUGUUCGCGUUCAUGAUCAUAAGUCAACAGCUAAGAGCCAAGAAACCGCUCGUCCAACAUCAUCUUCCAACGCCCCCGACCCCUCAUCCGUUCAUAGCCGCAGCCAAUAUCUUACACCUUCGCCCUAUGUUGCCUUUCCGAAGGAAGGGACUGUACCGACAGAGGAGACCAAUCCCGCCGAAGCGGAAGUAAUCAAGGAGGAAGCGAAGGAAGACAAAGAGAAAGAAAACUCAACAUCAACAACGCACCAGGAUGGGCAGAAGUCGAAGACUCCCGCUAAACCUAAAGUCUAUACCUUGGUAUUACACCCAACUUCCGAGAGCUUACAGCGAGAUCUACUCAUCAAGGCGACUACACCUGCUGGCGGAGAUGGGCGCCAAACAGAGGGGACAAAUGGUGUCCCUCCCUCAACACCCAUGACAUUGGUUCCUCCAACCCCGACAGCUGCCACGAUGCCACCUCCGGCAAAACGGCAAAAGAAGGUCAAAAUGGAGCUCGAACCAAACCAUCUUGCUGCUGCAGAAGGCCAGAUUUUAUUGGCAACUGAAGCACCCCUAUUCCUAGAACCUACCAAGACUUUGGAGGAGCAAAUAAUCCUCCUGGAUGCGAUGGCGCAUCCCAAGCAUUCUGGACCACCGCCCGAGCCAAAGACUCGGAAGAGAACAGUCGCGGAGAUGGCAGCGGAUGAGGCAGCGGCGGCUGAACAGGAACGCUACAUGCUUCUCCUGGAUGAACGGUCCGGUACCACAAGCGCGCAGAAUGCCGGCGGCACAGACAGCGAUGCUCAGAAUGGCGCAACCGCAUUUGAGCCUAGAUUUGAACGAUUUAAGGUUAUUGCAGAUAUCAAACGGGAACAUGCGGAGAAGAAGGAGCAAGAAAAGAUCAAGCAACAGGAGAAUGAUAGGCGACUCCAGCAGCAGAGACUGCAACAGCAACAGGAGCAGGCGCAGGCGGCACAGAAGCAGCAGGCUGAGGCUGCAGAGAAGGCAAGACGUGAGGCUGCCAUCAGAGAAAACCACGCCCGACAGCAAAGCGAAGCACAAAGAGCAGCAAUGGCCGCCAGAGCAGUACAAAACACUACACCCGUUGCACCGCCGAAGCAGGUCAGCACACCACAAAACAGUGCCCCUACGCCGCAUGUCCACCCUCAGCAAAACCCCAUUGCUACUAAUAACAUGCCGAACGGCGGUCAAGUUGUGCCACAGCAGCCACCAAAUGCUGUCCAGAACGCUGUCAUGGCUGGACAAGCCCAGGCUCGCUUUCCUGCUCAGAUACAGCAGCAAGUGGUGUCGGCGCAAUCACCUAUCAUCCGCCAGGGCACUCCUCAGAACCAUUCGUCGCCCAUGGUUAAUAACAGUGUACCAAUGCAGCAGACGAGUUCUGCCAUGGCUGCCAGUCCUCCCCGACCAUCCUCUGUGGUACAAAACCCGCCCAUGUCUGUUCCCAUGGCGCAUAAUAUGUCUGCUAGGGGGAGUCAGCAAAGUCACCCCUCAGGGACGCCACGCAUGCCGCACUCUACUCCUAACAUGGCCCAUGGCACUCCUAUCAGCCGACCGGCAAUGGUUGCAACGCCUCGUAUGACCCAGGCGAGCCCGCCGCCUAACAUGAUGGCACAGAACUCCCAGAUGGGUCAAAUGAUGAUGAUGAACAACCAAAACUUGGCCCAGCAGAAUCCACAAUUGAUGGCACAAUUCGCUGCACAACGUGCGAUGCAACAACAGCAGCAGCAGCAUCUCCAGCAGCAGCAGCAGCAUAAUAUGCAAGGAGCCAAUCUUAAUGGGAACAUGGUUGCACAAAUGUCACCACAGCAACAGCAGCAUAUGAUGGCGAUGAUGCAACAGCGACAGCAAUAUCUUGCUCAACAACAACAACAGCAGCAGCAGAUGCAGCAGCAGCAAGGAGGCAUGCCUACUCAGCAACAACUCGCUCAGCAAUAUUCUCAGCAGCUACAAAACAUGCAAGGCAACCAGAUGCGCCAAAUGACCCCUCAGAUGCAGGCUCAGUUGCAAAUGGCUAGGAUGCAGCAGCAGCAGGCAGCGCAGCAGGCGGCGGCGGCUCAGCAGCAGAUGGGUGGUAAUGCCAUGCAGAGGCAGGUCAGCAGCCAGAUGAUGAACGGAAACAACGCGAACAUGCAGGCUAUGCUCCAGAUGCAGCAGCAGCAGCAGCAGGCUGUACAACAGCAGCGGCAAAUGAGCCAGCAGCAGCAGCAACAAAGCCCCGUGCAGAUGCAAAUCCACCAGACAGCAAGAAGCGUGUUUGCUAGGAUGAUCCAGGAGACUACUGUUAAGUACGGUGGCCGGGAGCAGGUCCCAGAAGAGGUGGUGAACCAAGUGAAAGCACAGUCAAUUCAGCAGGCGCACAUGAUUGUGAAGAACACGAUUGCUCAGCGUCAAGCCGCACAGCAAAACCAAUUGCUGAUGCAGCAGCAGCAACAGGCUAUGCAAGGAAUGGGUGGCAUGAUGGGCCCCCAAAUCGCAUUCUCGAUGCAUUCGUCACAGCUAUCUCCGCUCGUUCUAUCCCUCCUCCUAGCGGUUUCGCCGGCAUCGUCAACCAACAUCCUGCACUGCGACAACCUGGUAGUCGACAAGCACAAGUUCGAUCUCUCGGCGCUCACGGGACCCCACUCCGUCGUUACGUCGCGGUACAACUCGAUAGCAGAUAAUUACCACAACACAACCUAUACUCUCGAUAUCUGUCGUCCUCUGAAGAAGACCGGCAGUGGGAAGAAAGGCGAGGAAUGUCCCAACGGUACUCAAGUAUGCGCCAUUACCCGGCUUUUGAAGGACGACGUGGACACCAUUGAUAAUGUCAUUGCCAUCGCUGGAGCGUUGGAAGACAACGGCGGCACGCAGUUCGAGUACCAAGCGACACGUCUGAAAACGAGCGACUCCAACUCUGAUUCGCAAAAGGAGGGAGUGAGGUUGGUGCUGAAAGGUGGCAGAGAGCCCCUCGAAGGAAAGGACCGUCGGGACCAACGCGCGGUGAUUGAGUUUCUUUGCAACAGCACCAUGACCGGCCUGGAGGGCGAGUGGCGCUCGGAAGAUCGCUACGAUGGGGACGAGUUCGAACAGCUGGGCGCUCGCGACGAAAAGGACGACAAGGGUGACGAGAAGUCCAGCUCUGAACACCAACUGCUCAAUGACGGCGCGGCCCUUGUCUGGGAGAGCUACGGCGCAGAUGAUGCUGAGAAGAACGUCGACACUCUGCGACUUACCUGGUACACCAAGCACGCUUGCGAAAGCAAAGAGGACAGCGGCGAUGACGGUAGACAGAACAACAACAGCCACUGGGGCUUCUUUACUUGGUUCAUUAUCAUUGCCUUCCUCGGUGUUUCUGCCUACCUCAUUUUCGGCUCUUGGCUGAACUACACUCGUUACGGAGCACGGGGAUGGGACCUCCUCCCCCACGGCGACACUAUCCGAGACAUUCCAUACUUGCUGAAGGACUGGACCCGCCAGGUGCUCAACACAGUACAGGGCACCGGAAGUCGUGGUGGAUAUAGCGCUGUCUAG